AUGGUUCGAUUGCGCGAGAUUCCUCGCACUGCGGCCUUCGCAUGGUCGCCCGGCUCAGCUCCGCCAUUGCUCGCAACUGGAACACGCGCUGGUGCUGUCGACGAUGACUUUUCCAACGACACUAAUCUAGAGUUGUGGGACUUGCAACUAGAUCAGCUCGAUGUUUCUCCUGAAUUGUCCCCUGUUGGCACCAUCUCCACAGACUCAAGGUGUGUACCCCACAGUUGGACACGGUAUAGCUCUGACACAGAUGUNAGAUUCUACGACAUUGCAUGGAGCCAACCGACUGCCGAUCGCUCUCGUGGUAUCAUUGCCGGCGCCCUCGAGAAUGGCUCUCUCGAUCUAUGGGACGCCGAGAAGCUCCGCUCCAGCCCUUCCGACUCAUUCAUGUCUAGAACAACAAAGCACUCUGGAGCCAUCAAGACGGUUCAAUUCAAUCACUCGAAGCACGACCUGCUCGCGACUGCUGGUGCCAAAGGAGAGCUGUUCAUUUACGAUCUGAACAACAUUGCCAACCCCUUCAAGCUGGGUGGAAGUGCCGUAAGAGCCGACGAUUAUGAGUGUUUGGACUGGAACAAGGGUGCCAAAGUCCCUCACAUUCUCGCUACUGGUUCAAGUGGAGGCUUCGUCAAUAUCUGGGACGUCAGACAGAAGAAGGAGACUUUGACAUUGAACAACUAUUCUCGCAAGCCAGUGAGCGCCGUUGCCUGGGAUCCAGAUGUCGCAACCAAGCUCAUGACGGCUGUUCCCAACGACCAAGAGCCAGUGAUUCUCAUGUGGGACUUGCGUAACUCCAGUGCUCCCGAGUGCGUUCUUCGUGGUCACGAGCUCGGUGUUCUUUCCCUGUCGUGGUGUCUGCAGGACUCCAGCCUGUUGCUUUCUAGCGGCAAAGACAACCGUUCGAUCGCCUGGAAUCCUCACACAGGCGAAUCGUACGGUGAAUUCCCUGUUGUCACUAGCUGGACCUUCCAGACUCGCUGGAACCCUCACAACCCCGGCCUUCUCGCUACUGCCUCGUUCGAUGGCAAGAUUGCUGUUCAGACUAUCCAGAAUACGAACUCGAAGAAUGACGAGCAGACCACCGCUCAGCAGGCUCUUGACAGCGAGGAUUUCUUCAACCAGGUCAAGACUCAGCCUCAGCAAGUCUCUUUCUCUUUGCCUAAGACUCCCAAGUGGAUGGAACGCCCUGCUGGUGUGUCUUUCGGUUUUGGUGGAAAGCUUGUCAGACUCGCUACCGACUCUGCUUCGAGGAAAUCGACUGUCAGCAUCGAGACAUUUGCUGUCGAUUCGGCCGUUACCGAAGCAUCGCAGAGAUUCGAGGAAUCUCUCAAGAGCGGCGACCUGGCCAACAUUUGUGAAUCGAAAAUUGCCGCUGCAGCCAACGAGGAAGAGAAGGCCGACUGGCAAGUGAUCGAGACAUUGAAUGCUGGAAAAUCAAGGAAGAAGCUGAGAGAAUACUUGGGCUUUGCCGACGAGACUGAGGUUGCACAGAAGACAGCUGAUCUCAACAUCAAUGGUGAUGUUGAAAAGCCAAAGCAGGAGGACGACAGCAACUUCUUCGGUAACGAUAACGCUGAUGGAGAAGAUGGCGAUAACUUCCUGGCCGAUCUUGCAGCGACCAAGGGCGCCAAAACCAACCAGCCUUUCCACAUCUUCAGUGGUGAAGAGUCGGAUGCAGACAAGAACAUCACACGUGCUCUCAUGCUGGGCAACUUUGAGUCUGCUCUUGACGUUUGUCUGAAGGAUGGUCGCAUGUCAGAUGCCUUCAUGAUCGCCAUUUGUGGUGGACAAAAGUGCAUGGACAAAGUACAGACCGCCUACCUGAAGCAAAAGGCCAAGGGGCCCAAGUACCUUCGUCUUCUUGCCUCGAUUGUCGGCAAGAACCUGUGGGACGUUGUUCACAACGCCGAUCUGUCGAACUGGAAGGAGGUUAUGGCAACUCUAUGCACCUUUGCUGAUGAAACCGAGUUCUCGGACUUAUGCGAGGCUCUGGGCGACCGUCUUGAAGAGUCGCUGUCGACUGCUACCGACAAGGGCACUUUGAGAAGAGAUGCAUCAUUCUGCUUCCUUGCUGGAUCCAAGCUCGAGAAGGUCGUUACUAUCUGGGCCCAGGAGUUGCAAGAGAAGGAAAGCGCUGGACUAGAAGCCGCCGACGGUGAGACCAGCUUCUCUGUCCACGCCAGAUCUUUGCAAGACUUCAUCGAGAAGGUCACCGUCUUCCGCCAGGUUGUUGGUUUCCAAGACCCUAAUCGUCAAGCCAGCGAGAACUGGAAGCUUGCUCCUCUGUACGCCAAGUACACUGAGUACGCUGAUAUCUUGGCCAGUCAUGGUCAGUUGCAGGUCGCUGAGAAGUACCUGGACUUGCUGCCUUCCAAGUACCCUGCAGCAGAAGUUGCUCAGCAGAGAGUCAAGCUUGCCAACAGGUCAAAGCCUGUAGUCCCUCAAAUACAGAGACAGCCUGCUGCCGCCGCUCGUGUCGCCGCACCAUUGGCACCCUACUCUGCUGCUCCUACUCCGACACCUCUUGCUGCCGCGAACCCAUACGCACCUAGCGGAGGUAUCAUGUCGACGCCUGCACCCGUGGGUGGUGCGAACACUUACGCUCCCCCAGGCGCUGCUCAGCCUGCUCCUCUCUCAAACCCAUACGCACCUCAGGGAUACCAGCCUCAGCAGACUUCCGCUUAUGGCCAGCCCGGACCUUAUGGAGUACCAGCUGCACCUGUUGCACCUCCUCGUGGUAUGACUCCCAGUGCCGUACCUCCGCCACCCAAGAAGGGAGAAACACAACAGUGGAAUGACCUUCCAGAAGGCUUCUCCAAGCCUGUUCAGCCUGCAAGAAGAAACACUCCUGGUAUGGCUGCCAUGUCCUCUCCCUUCCCUAAUGCUCCUGUAAUGUCACCGCCACCUGCUCCUGGCAGCGCAUAUGGCCAACAGCCUCCUGCUGCUUUGCCUCCACCACCAAAGGCAGGACAGAUGCCACCUCGUGUGAUGUCUCCACUGUCGGGUCCUGCGCAGAUCCAGCGUCCCAUCUCAGCUGCAUCCAAUGCCUACACGCCAGCUUCAGUACAACAGCCUGCCGCUUCAACGUUGCCUCCUCCACCCCAGGCACCUCCUCUUGGCCCUCCAGGCUCACAGCCUACGCCUGUAGCCGGUGGCUUGCCGCCACCACGUAACAUUGCUCCACCACCUAACCCCUAUGGCUCUGCAGCACCCUCGCCAUACGCGCCAGCGGGAGCUUCGGCAUAUGCUCCAAGGGCACCAGCAACACCCUACGGUCAACCACCUGUGCAAUCGCAGCCUCCAGCUCCUCAGGCCAUUCCACCUCCACCACAAGGACCACCUCGUGGACCUCCCCAAGGCCCUCCUAGAGCCGCCGCUCCACCUCAAGCCGCACCAUCCCAAGCGGCCCCUCCUCAAGCUACACCCCCUCAGGCUACUCCUCCCCAUCAGCCGCUCCUCAACAAUUGCCUUCUCGACCCACUACCGCACAAUCUCAGCGAUCUGCACCUGCAGCGGCCAACACCUGGAGACCGCACCCACAUCCCUAGCAAUGCCAUGCCAGUCUACGAAAUCAUGUCCGCAGAUAUGGCACGUGUGAAGUCACGCGCUCCAGCUUCGUUCUCUAAAGAAGUCAACGACGCCGAGAAGCGUCUCAACAUCCUCUUUGAUCACCUCAACAACGAGACUCUGGUCAAGCCAGACACUGUUGCCAUGUUGGUAGAGAUUGCACAAGCGCUGCAGUCUAGAGACUUUGACCGCGCUGGAUCCGUCUUGACUGAUAUGCUGAAGGCAAAGUUGGAGUCCGAGGGUGCGCACUGGAUGGUUGGAGUCAAGAGACUUGUUGCCAUGAGCAAGGCUACUCCUGUAUAA